AUGGCAUUGCAAAACCAAGUUGGAAGUUCAAUGUCUUCCCAUAAUCUCUUAAGAAUACUUCUAACCCUUCUGUUCAUCUCAACCCUUAUCCAUGCAGCAUCCACAUCCAGCUCCUCAACCACCACCAAUUCCCUCAAAGCCUACAAAAUGUUCAUAAAAGAUGAGUGCAAUUCAACCACUUACCCUGAUGUUUGCUACAAGUCUCUCUCCCCUUACGCAUCAAAAGUAAAAAAUAACCCUUUAACACUCACCAAACUGUCCGUUAAUGUGGCUCUAAAAGCAGCCAAAAGUGCAUAUAGCACAUUGAAAAAGCUAUCCAAUUCCACAGGGAAGCUAACACGUGGUGAAACGUCGGUCAUUGCAGAUUGCAGAGAGAAUAUCGAUGAAACGUUGGAUCUACUUAAGCAAUCUGUUGAUGGCUUGGCUCAUUUGAAUGGUACCACUACUAGUGAUGAGAAAUUUCAAUGGGAUACCAUUAAGACAUGGAUGAGUGCUGCCAUAACGGAUGAGUCUACAUGCACCGAUGAGUUUGAUGAAAUGAAAGUGCGUCCUUCACUUCAGAAGAAGAUCAAACCUAGUGUUGCUAAUGUUGCUUGGAUGAAUAGCAAUGCCUUGGCUUUUGUCAACAGGCUUUACUACUAA